AUGACCACGUCCCUCCCGGUGCGGCGAACCGUCGCGAUCCUUCCCGCCAUGUGCACUCGCGGCCGUCGAAGCUACUCGCAAGCCGUCCACACGAACAGAUCGACGGCGUCGAGGCCGAUCUCUGGGGCCGUCGCCCGUGUCGACAACGACCGCCCGACCAACCUCGUCGAAUACACCCUGACAACGCUCGACCGUCUGGCCGUCUGGAUCCGCAACGGGUCCAUGUGGCCGUUGACGUUUGCGCUCGCCUGCUGCGGCGUCGAAAUGAUGCAUGUCUCCAUGCCGCGCUACGACCAGGACCGCCUCGGCAUUAUUUUCCGGGCGUCGCCGCGGCAGGCGGACGUGAUGAUUGUGGCGGGCACGCUGACCAACAAGAUGGCGCCGGCGCUGCGGCAGUGCUACGACCAGAUGCCGGACCCGAAGUGGGUGAUUAGCAUGGGCAGCUGCGCCAACGGCGGCGGCUAUUAUCACUACAGCUACAGUGUGGUGCGGGGCGCGGACCGCAUUGUGCCCGUGGACAUUUAUGUGCCGGGGUGUCCGCCGACGGCCGAGGCAUUGAUGUACGGCAUCUUGUUGCUGCAGGCCAAGAACCGGCGGACCAGGGCGACACGGAUGUGGUAUAGGAAGUAG